AUGUCUCCCACGUCCCUCGUAUUCAUCGAUCUGCGAGCCGUGGUGGUCGGGAUGCUGUCACGCCGGGCACGAUACGAGCGUAGCGCAAGCGUUGAGGCGGGAGAGCAGGCGAACGCAAAAAAAGGCGGUGGGCGUCGAAAGAGAGGUGGUAAGAAAGCACAAUGCGCCACCGAGGAACGGCGCAAGCUCCCAGAUGGCUUCACCGCGGACAUUCUAGGUGAGAAUGACGACGGUACGGAAACGUCCGCCGAUCUGAACGGCUAUGCGGUCGAUAAUGUGGCGCACGGUGAACAGGCUGUGUUUGGUGUGGCGAAUGAUGAUGGUUCAUAUCACGACGAGACGUAUGGCGAGAAGGUGGUUGGUGAAGCGGACAAAGGCAAAGCGGACGGAGGCGAAGCGGACGAAGGGGAAGCGGAUGAAGGGGAAGCGGACGAAGGGGAAGCGGACGACGACGAAGCGGACGAAGGCGAAUCGGACGAAGGCGAAGCGGACGAAGGCGAAUCGGACGAAGGCGAAGCAGGCGAAAGCGAAGCGGACGAAGGCGACGCGGACGAAGGCGAAGCGGACGAAGGCGAAGCGGACGAAGGCGAAGCGGACAAAGGCGAAGCGGACGAAGGCGAAGCGGACGAAGGCGAGGAGGGGGAAGGCGAGGAUGGGGAAGGUGAAGGGGCGGAAGGCGGAGAGGCGGAAGGCGUAGGAGCUGUUGGCGAGGAGGCGGAAGGCGAAGGGGCGGAAGGUGGGGAGUGGGAUGGCGAAGAGGGGGAAGGCGAAGAGGGGGAAGGCGAAGAGGGGGAAGGCGAGGAGGGGGAAGGCGAAGAGGGGGAAGGCGAGGAGGGGGAAGGCGAAGAGGGGGAAGGCGAGGAGGGGGAAGGCGAAGAGGGGGAAAGCGUAGGGGCUGUAGAUGGGGCUGGAGAGGAGGCGAAAGGCGAAGAGGGGGAAGGCGAAGAGGGGGAAGGCGAAGAGGGGGAAAGGCGAAGAGGGGGAAAGCGUAGGGGCUUGGGAGCAGCAGCAGCUUCUGUGGGUAUGACUGUUGCGAGGGUGGGAGGAGCAGCGUCAGCGGGAGGGAGGGUGGGAGCAGCAGCAGCAUCAACUGGGAUGAGGGUGGGAGCAGCACCAGCGUCAACGAGAGGGAGGGUGGGAGCAGCAGCAGCAUCAACUGGGGUGAGGGUGGGAGGAGCAGCAGCGGCAUCGACUGGAGGGAGGGUGGGAGCAGCAGCAGCAUCGACUGGAGGGAGGGUGGGAGGAGCAGCGGCAUCGACUGGAGGGAGGGUGGGAGCAGCAGCGGCAUCGAAUGGAGGGAGGGUGGGAGGAGCAGCGGCAUCGACUGGAGGGAGGGUGGGAGGAGCAGCGGCAUCGACUGGAGGGAGGGUGGGAGGAGCAGCGGCAUCGACUGGAGGGAGGGUGGGAGCAGCAGCGGCAUCGACUGGAGGGAGGGUGGGAGGAGCGGCGGCAUCGACUGGAGGGAGGGUGGGAGGAGCGGCGGCAUCGACUGGAGGGAGGGUGGGAGGAGCAGCGGCAUCGUCUGGAGGGAGGGUGGGAGGAGCAGCGGCAUCGACUGGAGGGAGGGUGGGAGGAGCAGCGGCAUCGACUAGAGGGAGGGUCGGAGGAGCAGCGGCAUCUACUGGAGGGAGGGUGGGAGCAGCAGCAGCAUCUACUGGAGUUUUCAGGCCCAGGGAUACCACUACUGUAAGGACGCCGCCUCCAGGGCCCACGGCUUUGGCUGCCGUAUCAACCAGGGUGGCGCAGACGCAGUGGGUAUCACGAGCGGAGUUUGCGGUGCUUAGGAAGGAGAUGCUCCAACAGUUUGAGAGCCUCAGGGCUCAAGGAGUCGCGGUUCCUGCUCAAGGACUUGCGUCGCAGGGCAGCGACGCAACAACAGGCGUUCCUCGCCCUCCAAGUCAGAGUGCAGGACAAAUCGCUCUGGAAAUGGUGAUCGUCGAUGCUGGAGACUGGAAGUGCUCUCCCUUCCUGCCUUCUCCUAACCCUUGCUCUCUCCCCCCCUCCUCUGUCACAUGCUCUCUCCCCCCCUCCUCUGUCACAUGCUCUCUCCCCCCCCUCCUUUGUCACAUGCUCUCUCCCCCCCUCCUCUGUCACAUGCUCUCUCCCCCCCUCCUCUGUCACAUGCUCUCUCCCCCCCUCCUCCGUCACAUGCUCUCUCCCCCCAUUCUCUGUCACAUGCUCUCUCCCCCCCUCCUCUGUCACAUGCUCUCUCCCCUCCUCUGUGACAUGCUCUCUCCCUUCCUUCUGUCACAUGCUCUGUCCCCUCCUCUGUCACAUGCUCUGUCCCCUCCUCUGUCACAUGCUCUGUCCCCUCCUCUGUCACAUGCUCUGUCCCCUCCUCUGUCACAUGCUCUGUCCCCUCCUCUGUCACAUUCUGUCCCCUCCUUUGUCACAUUCUAUCCCCUCCUCUGUCACAUUCUGACCCCUCCUCUGUCACAUGCUCUGUCCCCUCCUCUGUCACAUGCUCUGUCCCCUCCUCUGUCACAUGCUCUGUCCCCUCCUGCUCUGACCACUCCCGUGCUCUCCCCUCCUGCUCUGUCCCAUCCCGCGCUUUUACCUCCUGAUCUGUCCUUCCCUUGCUCUCCCCUCCUGCUCUGUCCCCUCCCUUGCUCUCCCCUCAUGCUCUGUCUCCUCCCAUGCUCUCCCCUCCUGCGCUGUCCCUUCCCAUGCUCUCACCUCCUCUAUCACAUGCUCUGUCCCCUUCUCUGUCCCCUCGUCUGUCACAUGCUCUGGCAGAUGAGCGGGGGCUGA